CGUAGACAUUUUGGCUCAAGCGCCCUCAGAGAUCAGGCCAUCUUCCUUCAAGAGCUCAAGCACGCGCGUCCCCUAUCUGCACUCGUGGUAUACCCAUGCACGCGACGAUGGAGGACGCGCCAAUGCCCAAAGCUGCGAUGGAGGGCAUGCCGACGCCGCCGAUGGCGUCGGCACCCGCGUCGGAUCUGAACUUUGGACCGACGGAGGACGCGCCGCCGCCGCCGUCGGAGCUGACUCAAUCGUUUGUCAAUAUCCCGAAGAUCCAGGGGUCGUUGCCACCGCCGAUGCCCGACAGCCUAUCCAUCACCCCUCGCUCCGAUGAUUUCGAGAUCCCAGCGGAGGGGGUAAUUGCUUCCAAGGUGCCGGCGAUCGACGUUUUUGCGGCCAGGGCGGGGAAGGAGCAACACGCGGUCAACGACGCUGAGGUGAAGGAGGAGGGGCGGCUGUCCGAGCUGAAGCUGAGGUCCGCGCGCGAGUCCGGGGCGCCCUCGAGCGAGCGGUUCGGCCAGGAUGAGAAGCAGGAGUCAGCCAGCACGGCGCAGGGCGAGGAUGAUUGUGAUGCGAGCAAGGCAGGCUCGACGCCAGAUGGUUCAACAUGGGACAUCGAGAAUCCGCACGCGGCCAGGAAGCAGGAGAAAGUUGCACUGCGCGACGACAGUAAGCAGAGCGGGGGUGAGGCCAGCAACGCCAGCUCGAAAGAAUAUCGUGUGAGCCGCAAGCCGUGGCGCUUGAUCUCAAACCGACGCAGGACAACGAUGAAGCAGCACCACGGGAAGACGCCGCUGCACAGGGCUGCCUGGUAUGCUGAGUGCAUAACUUGUGCCGCCUUCUCCCUCGCCUGUCUUACUAUGCUCUGCCUGUGGGCACGCCACGAGAACGAGGAAUCGUUUGUGAACACCUUCUUUGUGACCGCGAUAGCGGCAAUGACAUACUUCGCGAAAUCUUGCCACAUGGGAGACAUGGUCAUAAAGGGAGAUUUGGUACCCAUUGCUCGCUACAUUGACUGGAUCACCACAACACCUCUGAUGCUAUAUGAGCUCUGCCACAUUGCGCACGCCACCACACCUAUGAUAAUCAUGGUCAUCAUGAGCGACUUACUGAUGCUCGCCACGGGCAUCAUCGCGGCGUUGAUGCCGUGGAAGCCGCACAAGCAUUUGAAGCAGGUUUGGUUCGCCUUUUCAUGCUUUUUCUAUAUCAUGUUGUUGGUGUCGCUCCAAGUCGACGUGGGGUACAAGGCAAGCAAACAGAUCGAGGUGGCCGCCAACCUCUUCAAGCAGCUCGAGAUGCUCACCAUCGUGGUUUGGUCGUUCUAUCCGAUCAUCGUGGGCAUGGGGCGUGCGCACCUGGGCCUCAUCACGAAGCCUACCGAGGACAUCAUCCUGUGCGUCCUGGACGUAGUAGCAAAGAUCGGAAUGGAGGGGAUCAUUGUGGGUUCCUGCUUCAACGGCUGCGUCGAGGAAGGGGCGCAUUGAGCGCGCUCGAGGAUCUUUCUGCCGCUUGUCCAUGCGACUUUAGCGGACCAUUUAUGAGCCUCUGGCCGUUCUUUUGUGGCCGAAUUCGCGCCGUGGGUUUUCAUUGGCGGCGCAGAGAUGUUGUUCCGUUCUCUGCGGUGACCAGGAGAGAGGGGCUGGCCCUGGGGAAGUGUGUUGUGGCGCUACAGCAGUUUGUCGUGAGCUUUGCCCCCUCCCCCUCCUCCCUCUCCCUGGUGAGCUGUUGCAUCGUGGGUUCCCCCUCCCGUCAGUUGGGAAGCCGAAGCUUUGCACGUUGGCGGGACAUUCCGCCUUUCCUCCCCCUUUGCGCUCCAAUUUUUUUCGACGUGAAGUGCGCGUUUGGAGGUCGCCUCACGCAUUGGCAAUGCUGCCAGUGUUUAUGUUGUGCAGCCGCACGUCUGCGGCAUGGGAUAAAUUCUAGACAAGGGAGGUUGAAGAGGAAACGCUCUAGACCACCAACGCCCAGAGGGCUGGUGGGAUUUUUAGAGGUGGCCUGUCCGGUCUCUUCGCAGCGAGAUCGCUGCUUUGAGUUUUGAGCGCCUCACUUGUUGGUCGGCUCGUCUUCUCAGGGUGCCAAGGAGGGGGGGCA